AUGCCGUGGACGUUUGGUGCGCAGACGAACGAGCGUCUGUUGCACUGGGAUGACAGCGCGGCGGCGCAGCUGUCGCGUAUUUGGCUCUGCGGCCAGCUGGGCGUGGACCAGCGGGAGCUAGGGGAGCGCCUUGCGGCUCUAGGCAACCUGCUGCCGGACAUGGUGGCCAAACUGCACGCGCUGAGGGCGCCCCUGGUCCUACAGCUGCUGCAGGACACGCCGGCUGUCGCGACGCGGCUGCUGCAGCUGCGGGCGCUGCUGCCGGGCGCGGAUGUGUCAGCUGUCGUGGCGCAGCGGCCGGAGCUCUUCCUGAAAACGCCG